GUCAGGGUCCAUGUUCACAGCAUCACAGCUCUCCGUCGCCAUUUUGCCGUGAAUCGGGAGGGGCGUGGCCAUACACUGCAGUCGUUACGUUCACCGUAAACAGGAAGUAGCCCGUUUAGUAAAACAUUUUCGGAACGGAGAGGGAGACAUCAGGAUGGGCAAAAGCUGUAAAGUGGUGGUGUGUGGCCAGGGUGCAGUUGGAAAAACAGCCGUAUUGGAACAACUGCUGUAUGCCAAUCAUGUUGCAGGCUCUGAGCCCAUGGAGACCCUGGAGGAUAUUUAUAUCGGAUCCAUCGAAACUGACCGCGGCACGCGGGAGCAGGUGCGCUUCUACGACACCCGUGGACUCCGGGAGGGGAUGGAGUUUCCCCGCCACUACUACACGUUUGCUGACGGCUUCGUGCUCGUCUACAGCAUAGACAGUAAAGAGUCCUUCAAGCGAAUGGAGGCUCUCAAGAAAGACAUUGAUCGUCACAGGGAUAAGAAAGAGGUGACUAUUGUUGUGUUGGGCAACAAGCUGGACAGGCAGGACGAGAGGAGGAUUGACUCUAACAUGGCCCAGAACUGGGCGAAGAAUGAGAAGGUGCGUCUGUGGGAAGUGUCGGUGGUGGACCGACGUACACUCAUUGAGCCCUUUGUCUACCUGGCCAGCAAAAUGACCCAGCCCCAGAGCAAGUCCACUUUCCCUCUCAGCCGCAAUAAGAACAAGGGCAGUGGGUCAACGGACAGCUAAAAGCCCUGACACAGCUCUCUUGUUAAAUUGUACUUCAAAAAAUAAAUUUUGAUGUCACGAGGGAUUCAGGCUGCAAGAAUUUGGAGGAUUUUGAGAACAUGGAAAAGAUGAGAGAAAAGGCAGGAUGAUUGUAUGGAUAUUUAUAUCCAGUGUGCACUGUUAGCAUUAUAUUAUAUUACUUCUGUACCCAUAUCAGUUAAGAAAUCAAAGAAGUGUCUUUUACCUUUUUUUUGUCAUCUACAUUUCACAUGUAACAUUCAUGUCUGGACAAUUGAUUGUGUUCUUUGGGUUUACUGUACACCUUGUAGUUCAUAAACUACUGACAAUCAACAUUUUGAUUUCAUUUUAUAGAGACUGUGAGUCUAUUCGGUGAGUGCUUUACGGCACUCACCGAAUAGAAUAGAUAAAUUAGGACUGUGCACAUAUUUACACUGGCUGGCAUUUUUAUGUUUUUAUGUUCAUGUACAUUAGAUGUGUACGCAGACAAUGUUCUCCACAACCUGCAUCACAGAAAUUCCACAUAAAAUAACAUGAAGGAUGACUGAACUGGGCUUAGGAGCGUUACUGAUGCUGUACUGUAGCUGUCUUGUUCAUUGAUCUGGAGAUUUGUUACAGCCUUGUUGCUGAGAUUCACUACUUAAUUUAGAGUGAAUGGCUGACAUUCCUUACCACACAUGGUUUCAAGACUCUGAGUACAAGAUGUUCAUACCAUAUUAACAAAAUGUCCAAUGUAAUCAGUUACUGUUGGUUUGUUUCUACUGAGGUGCUAAAUGAACCGUAGACGUGAGCCAGUCACUGUUUCUUCAGAGUGUGACGAGAGGUCAAACGCGAGCAGCUGUUCAGUUUUUUUUUUUUUUCUCCACUGGAAAUGCAUUUGACAUUGUCUUGAAAAUUCUUGUUUGUACAAGAGUGUGGCAACACUACGUAUCACACAUGCAACAUUAUUUGUGAAUAUCAAGCUUUUAUGUAUAAGUGUGCUCACUUGGCAUUUGUUUGCAUGCUUUGUAAACAAAUUAAAGCAUUGUUUGUGCCAAACCAAA